CCGCCUAAAUCCGCCGCCAAUGGGCCAACGUUGAACAAGCCAACUGGUGGCUGCUCACCAAGUGCACAUGCACUGUGCACUUUCCCCCACCCGCUAUCGUACCGCCACGAACGUAGUCUCUCUUUCAAGGUUCUUUCGCUCUAUCGAGUUCACGCUGAUCGUCGACAGGUCUGCCUCUUUUGUCCAUGCUCGGUCGACUCGCCAAGAGCGGCGAGAAGACAUCUUCGCCAUCCGCCGUUCACCUGGCAGCCCAUUUCUCACAGCUCAGAUGUCGCCCGUUUGGGCUGGGGACACGCUCUUGUUAUGUCAUUUUGGCAACUCCAAGUGAUGCGGAGCAAUUUCACGAAUUGGUCAGAAUGGUCUAUCCGAAGGCCACAUCCGACGUGGCCAGUCCCAACGUUCUCACAAUGCUGGGUUAUCUCGCCGACAGCUGUGUACGGAAGAAGCCCUUGUUGAUUGUAGCUUCCGGGAACGGCGAUAAGGAACAUACUGCGAAGUUCAUCCCCUUUUCGUCUAUCGUUGGCCUCCGUGAUGAGGCCGACGUUGGAGAGCCUUGUACGUUCGCUAUAGACCACUCCGAUUUGGCUAGCGGUGACCCGCAAAACCGUCGAACCAUCUUCUUAAAAGCUCAGUUGUCAUCCACCUACAUUCGGUGGGUGGAGACAAUGAAGGGAUUUAUAGCUGGUGGGGAAAUCGAAAUCUCCCAGCCCAGAGGUGGAGAGGAGUCUGUGAACGCGGAGGACGGCUUGCGGCGACGUGCGGGGCAAUCGAGCAGGCCAGCCAGCCUUCAAGAGAAGUCGACGGGGGAUACUCCCGAGCCUCUAGUCGCAGACGCAAAUUCUGAGAAUGGAGACUUCGCUCGGAUGCGCGUGACGACGCAUCCAUCGGACAAGAAAAGCCAUAGCCGACCGCUUCUAGCCUCUUACAUUUCCCCACAAGCUCCUUCGGCUGAAGCUAAACCAGCCUCACCCCAGAAACGAGGCCAGAAGCUCGAGGAGCGGACUCAAUAUCGCCGCCCAUUGCCGCUCCCGACGACAUUUUCGUCUUCAUCACCACAUCUACCACAAAUACCAAGAAUGUCGGGAUUCUUGCCAUACGCGGCACAGGAUGGACGCUCAACCGACCCCCUCGCCGCGCCAGUUACAAGCCCAAGAAGCGGAGGCAGCGUUGCUCGCGUAUGGAGUAUGAAAGAUAGACGAUGGAAGGAGCCGGAAUAGAAAAAGUCAGGGAUCGGACGUAUAGAUCUCGUACUCUUCCUCCCGUAUUUAACCUCCCAAAACGAGGAGACAUAUGUUUACAUUAUACCCAAUUGCAUGUGAGAAUAGAUACGAGUGUGGAGAUGGCAAUCAUGUUUUCAGAACAUAUUGCUCCACUGCAUCCCUA